UCUGCAAAGGAGAUUGAAAACCUCAAGAAUGAAUUGGAGGAGGCUAAGUCUGACCUCGCUGACCAGCAAGAUGCUAUUAUCAAUGUGUCUCGUCAACGUGAUGAACUUGAGGUCACGGUCCGAAGGUUGGAAUAUCUUCUGUCUCUUAAGAAAGAAGAAAUUCCUUCCACGCUCUCCGCCCCGGCCACAGGAAUUAGGAACAAAGCCGCCUCCUUAGGUUUGCAGGUGAAGGCGGAUGAAGAAGAGGAUUCGCUAGUAGAGAAUAUUGGCGGCAGAACGCAGUCCUUCCUGCGACACGAAACAGAAUCUGAGGCCUUUGUGCAGCUUCAACAGCGCUGUGAACAUUUAGAGGGAGAGUUGCAGGCAAAGGACGCGGAAAUUACCCGUCUACAACUGCAGCAUUCUGCCGACAUGCAUGAAACUGAACAACUCAAAAAACGCCUUGUAAGUGCACCCAUUCAGAUAGUGAUCCCGCCUGAAGUGAACAUUUCUGCUGCGGGCCCUCGCAAUUUGAAAUUACGCGCGAAAAGAUCGCGAAAGAAGGCUUCACCAAAACCGGCACCACCUCCAGUUGUAAUCCCUGAGUUGGAGAACAGUGAUGCCGAAGAGAAGUUGCUGGAAAAGUUAACCGAUCCCACGAAACCUUUGGGCAGAUUACCAUCCCACGUUGAGGUGGACUGGGAGGAGAAAGAAGAUAAGGAGAACAUUCCUGCCCCCGUAGCGAAAAGAACAAGGCGCAAGGCUCAUUCAUCACAAACUGCUGAGGUUACGAGUGUACGUCGCAUGACUCGAGCCAGGUCGAGAAUGAUUUCCGACGCUCACUUUCCUGCAAUGGCCACAAUCAAGGAGUUAUAG